AUGAUUUUGAAAAUUCUCAACAUUUGUAUUAUUUCACUCACUUGUUUAACAUACUUUACAUCCGCGUGGCCAGGAGGAGCAGGAGUCUGUGACGUGAAUAAAAUGAAAGAUAGUCCACAUGGUGCUGCUUACUCACCACAAAAUGCCGGUGAAUUUUCUAUCAAUAUGACGAAAUUAACAAGUCCAAAGAUUAAAAUUUCUGUUAAUGGACCAAAAAGUGUCAAAGGUUUUUUAAUAUACGUUCAAAAUGAUGGCGGUGAGCAUUUUGGAAAAUUUGAAAAUACAAAUCCUUUAUUCAGUUUUAACGUUAAGGGUUGUGACAAGCAAGACCAGACCAAUACUUUAACUCAUAACUCUGCAGUUGAAAAACAACUUCCACUUGACUUCGAAUGGUCACCUGAAACUGAUAAUGCAAAUGGUACUGUUCAGGUUGUCGUAGUGGUGUCUUUUGCAGAGUGGUAUAAAUUGGAUGGACAAUCUAUCAGCUCCUAG